GUUCACAUCGACCAGCGGCGGACGGGCUUCAACUUCACACGGGGGGUACCAAACCAAAAGACGCCUUUUUUUGGGGGGGGUUUCCGUUCAGAAACCCUCCUUCGGGGAAAACCGGACCGGCGCGUACAGGGCAGCCAACAGGCUUUCAACCAAUGGAGCUAUGCGUGAGAGCGCGCGAGCCGUUGUAGUUUAAAGACAGCCGUCGGCGUCGGUGUUGUGAAAGUGACCGCACAGAUUGAGCGAGACGCGCCGUGCUCCAACAACUGCGAGCCGACCGGCGGAGACAUCUCAAACCCUCUUGCUGCAUCUGCGACGAAGGUAGCCGGGCAGUUGACCUAACAAGUUUUGUGGAGGAUACUGGGAGGAACCAAUUUUUAAAAUGCCCGUGGCAACAUCCAGCUCUGACUCUGCCAUGCAUCAGGCCCUGGACACACUGAGCGACAGCACAAGCUCUACAACUGCAAAUGACUUGGACCUCAUCUUCCUCAAAGGCAUCAUGGAGAGUCCAGUGGCCCAUGAGCGAUUUGAGGAACCCAAGCUCGAGGCUGUGAGGGAGAAUAAUGUAGAGCUGGUCCAGGACAUCCUCAAGGAGCUCAGUCCGCUAACACAGAGGAGCCAGGCAGCCGACGAGCUGGUCCGCAUCCUGAAGGAACCCCACUUCCAGUCCCUCCUGGAGACUCAUGAUUCUGUGGCGUCCAAAAACUAUGAGACUCCUCCUCCCAGCCCCUGUUCCUUCAUGGACGCAGCUCUCAACAACCAGCCCGUGCCCCCAGACGCAGUCAGGAUGGUGGGGAUUCGUAAGGUGUCUGGUGAGCACCUGGGAGUCACGUUUCGAGUGGAGAGUGGCGAGCUGGUGAUUGCCAGGAUCCUCCAUGGUGGCAUGAUUGACCAGCAAGGGUUGCUCCACGUGGGUGACAUCAUCAAGGAAGUGAAUGGCAAGGAAGUGGGCAAUGACCCCAAAGUGCUCCAGGAGAUGCUGAAGGAGGCCAGCGGCAGUGUGGUGCUGAAGAUCCUGCCCAGUUACCAGGAGCCACACACACCAAGACAGGCCUUUGUAAAGUGUCACUUUGACUACGACCCAUCUCAUGAUAACCUGAUUCCCUGUAAGGAGGCAGGGCUUAGCUUCAGCAGUGGAGACAUUCUGCAGAUCUUUAACCAGGAGGACCUCAACUGGUGGCAGGCCUGUCACAUAGAGGGAGGCAGUGCAGGUCUAAUUCCAAGCCAGCUCCUCGAGGAGAAGAGGAAAGCGUUUGUGAAGAGAGAUCUGGAGCUCACUACCACAGGUCCUCUGUGUGCUGGGAUGGGCGGCAAGAAGAAAAAGAAGAUGAUGUAUUUGACCACCAAGAAUGCAGAAUUUGAUCGCCAUGAGUUGAGGAUCUAUGAAGAGGUUGCCAAGGUCCCGCCCUUCAGGAGGAAGACUCUGGUUCUGAUUGGUGCGCAGGGGGUCGGCCGUCGCAGUCUGAAGAACAAGCUGCUGGUGUCGGAUACUCAGCGUUAUGGCACCACCAUCCCCUUCACCUCCAGAAAACCAAAGGUGGAUGAGAGGGAUGGCCAGAUGUACUCUUUCAUGACCCGCAGCGAAAUGGAGUGUGACAUAAAAAAUGCCCGUUUCUUGGAGCAUGGCGAGUACGACGGGAACCUGUAUGGGACGAAGAUCAACUCCAUACACGAGGUGAUCGAAACAGGAAAGAUCUGCAUCCUGGACGUCAACCCACAGGCUCUCAAAGUCCUGCGGACGUCAGAGUUCCUGCCCUAUGUUGUGUUCAUUGAAGCCCCAGACUUCGAGGUUCUCAAGGCCAUGAAUCGGUCAGCAAUUGAGUCAGGAGUGGUCACAAAACAGUUAACAGAUUCUGAGCUAAAGAGGACGGUGGAUGAGAGUGAGCGCAUUAAGAGAGCCUAUGGACAUUACUUUGACCUCUGCAUCGUGAACGACGGCCUGGAUGCAGCUUUCCGAAGUCUACGGUUGGCACUGGAGAAACUGUCAACCGAGCAGCAGUGGGUGCCUGUCAGCUGGGUCUUCUGAAAGACACCAAGAGCUCACCAGCAAGGUGCCAGAGUCACAGGUCAAAGGUUGGAGGACAAUUUAACAUUCGCAGCUCCAGAGGGGCUGUAUCCAUUCGGUCAUGGGGUGGUGGAGGUCUGUUGUGAAGGGCCUGGCAUCAUGUUUCAGUGCAAAUGACCAGCCUCAUGUAGAGCGUUUUUGUACAAAGUUAGUGUUCCUCUGUUGGGCCUAAUGUCAAGUUGUAUUUUAUUUGUCAGAAUUGGAUUAAUUCUAUUAGUAUUUGUUGAGAAGGAUUUAGAGUUGACUAUGAGGUUUAGUGCAAUAGUGUGAGUGAGUGUGUGUAUGUUAUCAUAAACGUGAGAAUAGACUUAGAGUAAAGCAUACGUUUUGCAGAUAACAGUGCUCUGUUGGAGGUUUUCGUCGACGGAUAUUGAACUUUUUCGCCUUUCCAAAUCUUAAAUACUUUACUUUGUAGUGUAAUGUUUACAUUGGAUCUGUAGGACAAAUUGGUUAAGGAAAGAUACCAAAUGUCAUAUUUGUAUUAAAUUCUCUAUAUUUUACCAUUUGAUCAUACAGUAUGAUUGUAUGUGUUCAGAAAUGUGCUUUAUCUUGUAUGUCUCCACUCAUUUGAAAAAUGAACAGCAAUAGAUAAUUAUAAACAAAAAAAUGUACAUGCAAUACAUCUACUCACACACACACUGAUACAUGUACACAUAAAACACAGUGAGAGCAGUGGAAACUCUUCUGUUGAGGCAUGUUGGAUUAAUGGUACAGUCUCAAUUUGUUUUGUUUCCUUUUUAGGUUUGUUACACUGUCCUUUGCUGGUAAAGCUUUUGGUUCGUUUAACAGUGAGAUGAUCCAGCAAAUGGAUCAGAGAGUCUGACUGCUGCCUGCUUGAUUUUGUUAGAGUUGUAUUUGUAGCACUGAGAACACUGAAACCCUAGUAAAAAAAAAAAAAAAAAAAAAAAA